AUGGGAUCGUUUCAACGUAACAAAUCCAGUCAUUGGAUUGAUAUUAAAGGCAAAGGGAUCAUGUAUGAUGAGGAUGAUGAACCGAUCAAGUUAACUGAUCAAGACACUCCCCAAAAUAUUACGGAAUUCCAGUUAUCUUUGAUUGGAAAGAUUCUGAACCCGAAGAAACAAAAUGUCGAAAAGCUUCUUCAGAAAAUGCCAUCGCAAUGGGGCAUGGAGGACCGUAUUACCGCUAACGAUUUGGGUAAUGGAAAGUUUCUUUUGAACUUUACCACAGAGGAUGAUCUCAACUCUGUCCUUCGAAAGGGCCCGUUCCACUUCAACUUCUGCAUGUUUGUGCUGGUUCGAUGGGAACCUAUUGUCCAUGAUGAUUACCCUUGGAUAAUCCCUUUCUGGACUCGAUUGAUUGGUGUUCCACUUCACCUGUGGACGGUUAAUAAUCUGAAGGAGAUAGGAGCUCGGUUGGGACAUGUUCAUCAGGACCAAAUUGAGCUAAUGGAAGGGAGAAUGCUCAUUGAUAUUGAUACUCGUCGGCCGCUGAAGUUUGCAAGGAAGGCUGAAUCUCCGGAAGGGGAUGAGGUUACAAUUGAGAUCAAAUACGAGAUAUUGUGGGAUGCUAGAACUUCCUUUUACGGGAGACAUGCUUUCAUGGGUAGGGAAGAGAGCAGGACAUGUCACUGUUCGAUGUCGCCUAGACAGAGCAGUAGGUAA